ACUCCUUCACUUCUAACUUCUACAUUCAUAUUCAAUUAACUAAUCGAGACGAUGGGGAAGAUCUACCCGAGCUUAAGUGAGGAGCACAAGUCGGCUGUCGAUCAAGCCAAGGGUGAGCUUCGAGCCUUCAUCACCGAGAAGCAAUGCGCUCCUCUAGUGCUUCGACUUGCAUUUCACUCGGCUGGGACUUUCGAUGUGAAUACGAAGACCGGAGGUCCGUUCGGUACCAUGAAGCUUAAAUCGGAGCAAAACCAUGGUCCUAAUGUUGGGCUUGACACUGCUGUUGAAUUGUUAGAGCCUAUUAAACAGAAGUUCCCACUUGUUUCCUAUGGUGACUUUUAUAUGAUGGCUGGUAUUGUCGCGGUUGAAAGUACCGGAGGACCACAAAUUACUUUCAACCCCGGGAGGACGGACCUGGAUGCUCCCCCUCCAGAAGGUCGUCUUCCUCUUCCUAAUCAAGGUCCUGACCAGUUGAGGAAUGUGUUUGUGAACACCAUGGGUCUCACUGACCAAGAUAUUGUUGCUCUCUCUGGUGCACAUACAUUGGGAUCUACCCACAAGGAACGAUCCGGACAAGAUGGAUCAUGGACAUCCAACCCGAUGGUAUUUGACAAUAGUUACUUCAAAGAACUCUUAGCUGGUGAGAAGGCCGGGCUGAUUCAGUUAACUUCCGAUAAAGCACUAGUUGAAGACCCCGCUUUUCGACCUCUUGUCGAGAAAUUCGCUGCAGAUCAAAAUGCUUUCUUUCAAGCCUUUGCUGAGUCCUACUUGAAGCUUAGCGAGUUGGGAUUUGCUGAUUCUGGUAAUUAAGGGGAUCCAGGAUAUGCUACAUCCCGUGUGCGUUUCAGUGAUCAUGUUCGUCAUCGCGUCUGUGUUCUCUUUUUUUUUUUUUUUUUACUGUUUUUGCUGAGUAAACAAUAAUGUUGAAGUACAACUUGGUUUGGGGUAGUUAUA